AAAGUCUUUAUAGAGCAAAAGCAGGCAAUUGAUCAGAAUACGGAGGGAAAAGAAUAAUACAAGCUCGCUCGUGCCUAGUUUGAGGGUUUUAGAGCGUCCUACAAACCUGACAUGGGUUUUGGCUCAACAGAGCAACAAUUCACAAACCUCGUUCUCUAUUGAGGCAAUUUUCCCAAGGAAUGAUGCCCAUUUCUCGCUCCUGCUUCUCUUCCUUCAGACACCGCUCAAAGGAGGCUUUCAAUUUACUCAGGAGGUCUGCCCAAUCCAACAGAGUUCAGUCCCAAAAUUAUGCAAAUUCCUCAAAACGUGCUAGUGGGAGAACGGAUAUCAGUACUUCGACUCCAGUAGAUACACCACCUCCUCGCUCUCGGGGUUCUUUUGUCAUUCCGGUGGCUGCUACCAUACUAGGAUUUGCCGGGCUGGUAGCUUUUCUUUCUUAUAAUGAUGAGAGGAGAGUAGUAAAAAAAGGCCAGGAUAACUGCUCGUGUGCAAAUAAUCUCAAGGGACCUAAAAUUGGUGGUCCAUUUACUUUAAAGGACACAGGAAAUCAUACUGUUACUGAAAAGAAUCUCCAAGGCAACUGGGCAGUACUCUAUUUUGGAUACACUUCCUCUCCUGAUGUUGGACCAGAACAAGUCCAGAUGAUGGCCAAGGCCAUUAACAUACUAGAAUCAAGACAUAAUCUCAAGGUUCUACCAGUAUUUGUUACAAUUGAUCCAGAACGUGAUAACACUUCUCAUCUGUGUGCCUAUCUUAAAGAGUUUGAUUCAAGGAUUCUAGGUCUAACAGGAUCUGUAACAGCUAUAAGACAGAUGGCUCAGGAAUGUCGUGUUUUUUUCAGAAAGAUUGAAGAAGAUGGCGAUGAUUAUCUUGUUGAAUCUUCCCACAACAUGUAUUUGAUGAGUCCAAACAUGGAAGUUGUGAGAUGCUUUGGUGUAGAGUACAAUGCAGAGGAACUGUCAGAGGCAAUACUAAAGGAGCUCAAGUUGAGGGAACCUCAACUCAAGGGCUGAAAGGUUUCGCCUGCUAUAAUAGAGAUCUUUACUUGUCCUUUUAACAUUCAUUUCUCCCUCUCUUGUUAAAUAUAACAGAUGAGAAUCCACUCUUGUCUGAGCAGUGACUUAGGAAUCUUAUAAAAUGUGUUUAGCCUAUUGGUUUAAAUAUUCAUCAGGCACUAAUACAUGAGAAUUUAAGUUACAAUUUGAUAUCUGAAAAUGCUUGGGAGUUGAGAGUCAUUUCUCAUAUGUUAACUUCA